GGGAGGAGCGAGCAGCGGGAGGCGUUCCUCUACUCUGCACUCACGGCUCUGAGAAACGUGGGCUUGUUUGUGAAUCCCUACCUGCGCAGCUGACCCCCCACACCAGUCACUGAAUUAACCCCGCCGCCACCAUGGACUCAGCGCUCGGAGUUAAGGUAAUGGAACCCGUAGAGGGGUUCGCCAUGUGCGCUCUGGCGCUCCACGUGUCCUCGCUGCCGGGUUUGGCGGGAGCGCAGUGAAUGGGGCUGGAUGGAUGUAAUGGCGGGGAAUGCAAACUGCAGGUUGGGAGACCCACCAUAGCAAUACAGCUAGGACUGGGACUGUAUGGGGAUCCCAUCUAACACCAAAACCACUUUAACUCCUGGGGAGGGGUGGGGGAGGACAACAAGGCUGUCCUGGAAAGCUGAUGUAGUAGUGGAUUUUAUUUGUGUUUUUUUUAUUUUAUUUUUUUAUUGCUUUUAUUUUAAUUUUUAUUACCAAUAAUGGACACACAUUAUUUUCCUGGAUGUGUUAAAACUUCAACUCUUAAAUUUCUGGCAAGGUAUGAUGGGAGUUGUAGUUUUAGAACAUCUGGAGUGUGACCAGCCCAAUCUCUGCCCUAUAAGGAAGUCCACUGGUCCAAGCCCCUAACUCCAACUUUAACCCAUAUCAUAUUGUGCUUGUUUGUAAGUGCUAAUAAAAUCAUUGUGGUUUCAUAGAAAAGUUAGUAGGUAAGUAGCAGCUUAAAAAAAACAAAACAAAAAAAGUAAUUGCAUUGCUUUGGUCCACAAACAAGAGAAAUAACAAUGUAUACUUUCUGGUAAAAUGUUAUAAAUAAAUAUAUCUCAAACUAUGGGAUAUCACCUCUCCAAAAGCUUUUAGAAACAGAUUAAGCUUAUACACACACGUGUGUCUUUUAUAUGUUUUUAUUUCAAUUUGGUUUGCAGUUCAGUGUGAAUGGCAGUGCAUGCUUGAAAGGUUAUACCCCUAACUUUGGACGUAACGUGAAACAUUGUCACGGUCAUUUACUAAGAAUUCAAAUUUACAAGAAAUUAGCCACUGGAAAAAUUCUGUAAGUCUGCUAUGCGUUCCGUUUGUCUAUUCUGGCCAUUCACUUUGAAUUCUCACGUUAGUAAAUAACCUCAUGUUUGUAAAUAAUGAGUGGCUGCACUUACAAAAUACGCUAAUAUAGUUCAUAAGGCAAAUGCUCACAAUAAAAUACGCUAAAAUAAAAAAAUUACUUUUUAAGCAUGGAAGGAACAGCCUUCGAACAGGGCUGGUUAAAAAAGUUGACCUCCAGCUGUUGUUGCACAAACAUGGCAUACAUGCCAAAGGUCCAUAUCUAGGAGGAGCAAUUCAAAUUUUGAGUCUGAGUUCCUCUGUGCCUCCUUUUGUAGGAGCUCCAAAUUGUUGUCUGAGUUUAAACUAUAAUGUGUUUAUAGAUCAUUCUAUCAAUAAGAUAUAUUGCGCUAAAUUUAUGAAGCCCCAGAGGUGACGUGAAAGUUUUUAAAAAAAUAAAUUGCAGCCAAGCUGUACUAUGUUGUUGCGUGAUUCGUUUAGUCGAUCAUGCCCGUGAGAGUGUUAACAGCAGCGCCAGCACUUCCUAUCAGGAUCUACCUCCCUGCUGGUUUGGGAGUACGUUGAGAAGUAGAAUACUCCCCAGCGUUCUGCAAUGUUCAGAACACCGCCUCACUUGUGACGUUGAGCUUUCUAAUAAUGCUGUUUAUUUCAUUGAAUUAUAAGGGCAGGCGUUGGCAACUCUAAGACACAGGAGAACUGUGGCUUUGCAGAGUGUGGGGAGGAAACAUCACCAGAGCUUUGAUAUUCAGGAUAUAGUGUUCAUGGUUAACUAUAUCGUGCCCCACUGUGAGCAUGUGUUAACUCUCGUGGAUAGAAUCUGCCAACUUGUGCAUACAACAUAGUACAGAGUGGGAAAGAUAGAGGUAAGGGCUGCGCUAGUAUACAAGAAAUAAUAUUUUAAAAAUUGAAUAUGCCAAAAUGAAUAGACAGUGUAUGUAUUUUAUUGAACAUGUUUACUAUUUGAUCUCUACUGAACAUUUUAAACACUUGAAUGGACUUUGUUUUUAUCUACUUUUUUAUGGUAUUUUAAUAGACUAUUAUACCUAGGUCUUUUUAUUGCUGUCUAUUCAUUUUGGCAUAUUCAAUUUUUAUCCAAUUUUUACCAUAUUAUUUCUUGUUUACUAGCGCAGCCCUUCCCUCUAUCUUUCUUUCUUUUACCUUACCAAGGGUCGUGAGGGAUUCCCUUUUAGGGUUGCAGCUUACAUCCCUGUUACAUAGCGCAGACUCCUCCCCUUUUUAUUUUUUAUAGUACAGCAGGGGUAGGCAACCUACGGCACUCAAGGCUGCUAGAGCCAAACAGGCUCUGGCCUAUCAGGAGUCCCAGUAAAACUUCAUAUAUCUGCUAAUACAAAGAGGUGAUGAAGGACAAUCCUCAAUUUAUGCAUUGCAGCACAUAGAGGAAGUGAUCUCAGAUCACUUCCUCCCAGCACUUGUGAAUGGGAAUCCACACUGUAGAAGAGCAGCCCGCAGCUGGUGUUUCAGCUACUGUCCUUGACCUGUACCUGGCCAGCCUGGUCCCGACUGGAACCAGGGAAGCCACCCACACUGCUAGGUAUACACAGAAAUGCAGAAUAACAGCCCACACACAAGCAUACACACAAUCCCCACAAAUGCAACACCACUAACAAUCCACAUACAUGCACACAACCCCACAUGCAGCCUCUCACAUGCAAUACCCCAAACAGCCCCCACCCACUACCAAACACACAAUGUGACAUAUCCAUCCACACACAAUUCCACAAGCAGCCCUCAUACACAGCCCACGUUCAUAUGUAUCUUACACAAUACCAUAAACUACUAAUGAACAUAUACAAUAUAAUAGCUCAUAUACGCACAAAUACAAUGAUACAAAGCAAUUACAGUAAAAAUAACACAAGCAGAAUAUGGCAGCAUACACACCUCAAUUUAAAAAAAAAAUAGGAUUGGCACACUACAGGACAUCACAAUCCUAUAUCGGCACAGUGCUGCUAAAAGGUUGCCUACCCCUGUAGUAUAGAGUGGGUAUGAUUUAAAAAAAAAAUCAGGUGGCUCAGCAUAAUUGACAUUUUAAUUUCAGAAUUUCUAUUGGUAAGUAAUCUAAAAAUUUUCAGAUCAGCCUCUUGCCUGGUCACAAUGCAAAAAUCUUUAAACUUGGAGAGCCGGUGAUUGGCUGAUAGCCUCCCAUUGAGAGAAAUGCUGAAUUGCAUCUGGGCUUUUUUGCUCAACCAAAUAACUAAUUAAAUGUUCCGUGUAGGAUACAGGGAUGGUAAUUCCUAUUGCCUGAGGCAUGCAGUUCCAGACUCUUAGCAGGCAGUGGUUUGGUUUUUUGUUGCCUUACCCACAGCAGGGCUGUUUUCUGGAGAUCCAGUGGAGAACAGGGCUGGGCUGUGAGCAUCUCCGACCGCUGCAGGUCACAGUACUCGCUUCCUCGUUUUCUGGCACGUUCUAAUAGAGCGCAGUGGCUGGUGUUCAUUGAGCUCCAAGACUGCAAAGGAUCAACUGCUGUGGUCUGCACCUUCUGAAGGUAGUCUGUUCGUAAGGAUCUAAAUGUAAUUUAGAACCCUGCCUCACGGUGCAGAAGGGGUUUUAAAUUUAUUUUAUUUUUUUAAAUCAUCUCACCCUUAUCUGUGUCCAGUGCCGAUGUUCCUCGGGUCUUCCCCUGCCGACUAUAACAAUGACCACACUCCCAUUGGGAUUUCCUCUUGGUAAAGCAUUAUACACUGCUUUAUUCUGGUGACGCUGGAUGUCCUCAUGCAUAACAUGAGGACAUCCUGCGUGAGGCAACCAAAAGUCGCCUAACAGCCUGGAAGUCCCUCUUGUGGCUGUAGGUAGACAGCCACUAGAAGUGGAUUAACCCCACAAAACUAUUUAUUGCCGUUUAUAAAAAAAAAAAAAAAAAGGGAAAAAAAAAGAAAACUGCAAUAAUUAGCUUUUCAUGGUUAAGGGUGCUGGGACAGUGCAACCUGACAACUUCAAUGAGUUGAAGUGGUCUAGGUGUCUAUAGUGUCCUUUUAACUGAUAAUUCUACCCUCUCAUAAACCAUGGCUUGACAAAUUUGCUUUGGAUAUAGGAGCCAGCUAAAAAAGUUAGGAGUCACGUUUUUUUUUUUUUUUUUUUUUAAACUAAGCUUUAUUUUCAACUACAAAAAUAAAAUUCUUAAAGGGACACAAUAGUCACCAGAAACACUAAGCUAAAUCUAGUGGUUCUGUUAUCUAUAGCCUGUCACUGCAGGCUUUUCAGUAAAAAAAGCAGUUUACUUUUUUUUUUUUGAUUUAUAAUUUUCAGUGCAGGUGUACAGGUGCAAUAGCUACAUGAUCAUUACAGAGUAUGUAGUAGCGUUAUACAAUGUUGAUGGUGACGGUUGGCAUAUCAUGCUAAGCACCAGGUUUUGUGCUGCCUGUGUAUUACACCUGCUUUUAACAUAUGCAUAUGAAUUACAACAACUGGACAACCUCAACAGGGGGGGGUAAAUGUUGGGGGGAGGGUGGGGAUAGAGGGAAGCUGUGACAUCACUACAUCCCUGCCCAGAACAGUAGCAAGUUAGAGAUGGCCAUUCUCUCUGGGUAGCUCAGGAGUGAGAGAGUCAGGGGUCAACUAACCUUCUAAAUUCUAUCGUAGGUAUACAUUCUUUGAUCUUAUCCCAUCUGGGAUCUCACUGGGAGUGAGGGCUUUUGGAAAUGUAGUAUACUUUAGGGGUGCCACCUGGUGUGUGUCGACCUCGCAGUGAGGUCUGUGAUGAACCGAAUCUUGAUUUCACCUAUUAGUGGUAUACUGUAACAGCAUUCACACAAUUUGUUUUUGUUAAGAAGGGCAGGUUUAUGAUCUCAGCUGUCGGAGUCAGAGCAGGUUUAGGUUUUCAACGAAGCGGGCAGCGUGGUCGCCCUGUGUUGGGGCUUAUAAGUAAAGGUGGUAUGCGUGGGGUUUGUUUUGUCAUAGUUUUUGGCAAAUAUGACGGAGAUGAACCUAGUGGUUGGUUGCAAUCUGAGACAUAUCUUUUUGAUGUCCGUCAGCUGUAGACCAUUUACAAUAUUGUAGGAGAUCAUAUUUUGUUUCUUUGACCAAGAUAGCAUUUGCGCAUAUGAAGAUUUUGCCGUAUUUGGUAACCCAUAUUGUUUCUGGACAUCAUUAAAGCCUUUCAAGCUAGACCCUUGGUAAAUGUGAUAGAGGUGUGUGACACCAUGCCUAUGCCACAGUUUAUAGUUAAAGGGACACUAUAGUCACCAGAACAACUACAGCUUAUUGAAUGUGUUCUGGUGAGUGGAAUCAUUACCUUUAGGCUUUUUGCUGCAAACACUGUCUUUUCAGAGAAAAGCAAUGUUUACAUUACAGACUAGUGAUAACUUCACUGGCCACUCCUCAGAUGGCUGUUAGAGAUCCUUCCUGGGUCAUGGCUGCCUAAAAUGCAUCCAAACAUUCAGUGUCUCCUCCCUCUGCAUGCAGACACUGAACUUUCCUCAUAGAGAUUCAUUGAUUCAAUUCAUCUCUAUGAGGAGAUGCCGAUUGGCCAGGGCUGUGUUUGAAUCAUGCUGGCUCUGCCCCUGAUCUGCCUCUUUGUCAGUCUCAGCCAAUCCUAUGGGGAAGCACUGUGAUUGGAUCAGGCUACCACUUCUGAUGAUGUCUGCAGUCGGUGGCAAUUUCUAAAGGAAACACAGCUAGAGUUACCAACUCCAGACUUAAAAAAAACAGGUAAGAUUUUGCUAUUUUUACGAAGGCAUGAGGGGACCAGGGGGCUAGAUGGUGGUUUUAAUCCUAUAGGGUCAGGAAUACAUGUUUGUGUUCUUGACCCUAUAGUGAUCCUUUAAAAUCCAGGAUAAGGGAGGCCAAGGCCUCCAAUGGUAGGGUUGUACAGGUCCCCUGAGUUAAGGCGUGCCUGUCUUUGAAUUUAUCCCAUAAACUGAGUGUGAGUUUGGUGGGGAGCAUAUCUUUUUAUUUCGGUCUUAGUUUCCUCGACAUCCAUGCAAGCGCAGUGAUAGUGAAGAUAGACUUAUUCAAUAUAAACCCAUUUGGGGGGCCUAGAGUGACCGCUGUCCGGUAGGAUCAAGCUAAUUAGUGCUGCUCUGUAAUACCCUGCUAUGUCUGGUAACCCCAUUCCGCCUUGUGAGAAGGUUUUGUACAUGGUAGCUUUUGCAAUUCUAGGUUUGAAGUUGUUCCAAAGAAAUGCAUUUAUUAACUCUUGUGCUUUGCGGAAGUAUUGGGUGGGGAUUUUAAUAAGUAGGGUACGAAAUAGGUAUUGGAAUAAUUAGCAUUUUGGUUGCUGUUAUCCCGCCUGUCCAAGAUAUAAUUGAUAAUUGGACUUGUAAAGGACUGAGGGCUGAAACGUCAGGGCUACUCCUAAAAAUCUUAGCUAGUCUGUUCGCCAUUCAUUCGCAAAAGAGUUUUUCAGGGUGUCUAGUGUGUGUGUUUUGGGAUAUGAAUGCCCAUUGCUUACGUUUUCGAUAUGUUUAUAAUACGAACAUUUGCUAUACUGCAGAAGUGUGUUAUGAAGAUUAGGUAGGGAGAUAUUCGGUUGUUGUAGUGUAAGAUGCCAUCUGCGAACAAGGUCACUUUAUAUUCCUUGUUUUUCAUCUUGAUACUGUGGAUGUUGGGGUUGUCCCUGAUUUAUUGAGUCAGAGGUUCCAAUGCCAAGAUGUACAGUAUUGGGGAGAGUGGGCACCCCUGUCUGGAGCCGUUGGAAAUUGUGAAACUGUAAGAUGUGAAACCCCCGUUGACUACUUGUGCUAAUGGGUUUGAGUACAAUGCCUUUACCAGAGACAAGAACUGUGGGAGGAACCCAAAUUUCCCUAGGACUGUGAGGAGAAAGUGCCAGUGGAGCCUAUCAAAGGCUUUUUCCGCGUCUAGUGAGAGGACUACACUGGGGGCCCUCCCCCCUAGCAGCCCACUCAGCAAAUCCAGAAUCUUCCUUGUUCCAUCUGCACUCUGGCGUCCACUCACAAACCCCACCUGAUCAACGUGUACAAUUGUAGGGAUAAAUUGAGAUAGCCUGUUGGAGUAGAUUUUGGUGAGUAGCUUGGUAUCUGUGUUGAGAAGUAAAAUCGGUCACAGAUUUUGAUUUUUAGUGGGGGAGGUUUCCCUGGUUUAGUUUGGGUGACCAUGUGAGCCAUCAGCAUCUUGUGUAGCAUGUCACCUGUAUGUAUGAUGUGGUUGUAUACUCACUCCAGUUUCGGGGCUAGAAUAUGGGAGACAAGCUUGUAGUAUGAGUUUGUGAGGCCAUCUGGCACAGGGGAUUUCCCAGAUGGUAGGGAGUUCAUGGUUUGUGAGAUUUCCUGACCUGUGACAGGUCUCUGUAAUAUCUUUUGUUGUGUAGUCGUGAUGGUAAUUUGGAGAGGCUGAGAAAAUUUUCAAUUUCUGAUUUUGUUGGGUAGGGCGUUGUGAUGUCCUUUUUUCAAAUUAUACAAGGUAUGGUAGAAAUUGGCCAUUUCGUUACUUAUGUCCUGGGGGUUGCAAUUUUUUUUUUGUUAAAUAUGGUAUUUUAGAUUGUGCUUGUUUUUUCCUCAGCAUUGUUGCUAGGUAUUUCCCUGCUUUGUUACCCUGUGAGUAAUUACGCAUUAUUAGCCGUUGAAGUGUGUAGGAUGUUGUGGCUAGGUGUAUUUCAUUUUUGCGUUUGAUUGCAUCAGCAAUGGUUUUCAGGUGUGAAUCUGCUGGUUGCAGAAUGUGUGCAUUUGUGACAUCUCGUAGGGAACGCAGCGGGUCUAUGUAUUUAUGGUGGGACUUGCGUUUUUGUAAAUGAGGCUCGGCUGAUUAGAAUGCCUCUAAUUGUAGGUUUAUGUAUCUGCCAAAGGGGGAGAGAGGAUGUAUCUAGGGUGUCAUUAAGUGUUCUUGCAUAGCAAGACCACUUAAUGUUAUCUCACAUAUAUAUUAUUAUUAUUAUUAAGUGUUCUUGCAUAGCAAGACCACUUAUUGUUAUCUCACAUAUAUAUUAUUAAGUGUUCUUGCAUAUCAAGACCACUUAUUGUUAUCUCACAUAUAUAUUAUUAUUCUUAUUAUAGCCAAAUUUGCCACCCUAACUCCUCCCACAGUUUUUACACUACAUAGACACAAAUUUACCAAAACGUGCAGAUUGUUCCCGAUCGGAUUGCUAUUACUUUGUGGAACGUUUCGCCGAAAAUGUAGGUCUGGGUCUUGUGAUUCUCACAAUAUAAAGCUCUUUGCUGUAGGAUUUAUAGUUUUUAAAAUACGACCGUUUGAAGAUGGCAACCGCCAAAAUACUCUGACCUGUGCCAGGCUGCAGCAGCAAGUGAUGUCAUAGACAGGGCCUUUUGAACACCUGCUAAUGUUUUUAUAAAUGUAUGGUUUAAUGUAACUGUGCAACAACGUUGCAAUUAAAUGUGCGAUAUAAAUGAUAACAGUUACUCCGCCCACUCCAGUUGUAGACUACUGGUGGAGGCAAGAACACUUCACACAAUUUCCCCUGAAAUUGUAACUUUUCUAGUUCUUAUUCUUAUUAUAGCCAAAUUUGCCACCCUAACUCCUCCCACAGUUUUUACACUACAUAGACAAAAAUUUACCAAAAUGUGCAGAUUGUUCCCGAUCGGAUUGCUAUUACUUUGUGGAACGUUUCGCCGAAUGGUUCACGGAAUAUCGUCGUUCUUGUGGCGCAAUUUGUCCCAUAGGAAUGAAUAGCAAAGCUAGAGUGGGAGCUGGCAAAAGCUGAAAAAUCAGGACAUGAUUUCUAAACUGCCACCACUCCCUUAUUUUCAGGCCCACCUACACAAAUCUUAUAUCAAAAUGUUCAGCUAUCCCUGCUGCCACUAGAAAUGUCCACGGCUAAGCCAUAGUCCUGAUAGAUUUCACAAUAUGACCAUUUGUUUGCAACUCACGCCUUCCAUUGACAUUCAUUGAAACUUCACUCAAGCCAGCUCAAACUUGAAGGGCAAUUUCUAAACUGCGACUGUGCCUUCAUUGUUAAUAUCUCAGAGACAUACUAUGCAUCAAAAUGUAGGUCUGGGUCUUGUGAUUCUCACAAUAUAAAGCUCUUCGCUGUAGGAUUUAUAGUUUUUAAAAUACGACCGUUUGAAGAUGGCAACCGCCAAAAUACUCUGACCUGUGUCAGGCUGCAGCAGCAAGUGAUGUCAUAGACAGGGCCUUUUGAACACCUGCUAAUGUUUUUUAUAAAUGUAUGGUUUAAUGUAACUGUGCAACAACGUUGCAAUUAAAUGUGCUAUAUAAAUGAUAACAGUUACUCCGCCCACUCCAGUUGUAGACUACUGGUGGAGGCAAGAACACUUCACACAAUUUCCCCAGAAAUUGUAGCUUUUCUAGUUUAUGAUGUAGUCCUCCUGAUUUUGUGACACUUGGGUAACGAACUUAGGGUCUUGCAGAAGGGAGUCAUUGAGACAUCACAGCGCUUGUCCUCUAUGUGGGAAUUGGUCUUGAAUCGUCAGCGUAAGUGGUGCAUGAUCUGACCACACUAUGUCUCCAAUAGAGCACUGUGUGAUCCCUGUUAGAAGGUGGCCAGAUACCAGUAUAUGAUCUAUCCUGGAGAAUGACUUGUGUACACUGGAGUAGAAGGAAAAUUCUCAUCCCGUAGGGUUAAGUGUUCUCCAUGAAUCAUAUAUGUCAUGUUCAGACAUAAGUUUAGUCAGGGCUUUGCUGUGCGUCCGUAGUGCUAAAUGUCUAGGGGAUGAAUCUGGAAAGGUUGUAUCAGCAUGCGAAUCUAGAACGUGGUUAAGGUCGCCACAGGGUGAGCACUUUGUGUAAAAAAAAAUAAAAAAAAUAAUAAUAAUAAUUUGGUGGUCAUUGGGACCAUACAUACCUACCAGGGUGUGUUCUGCUUUGUUUAUCAUGCAGUGUAGGAUAAGGAAUCUCCCUUGGUUAUAUUUCUUAAUUUGUAACAGCUCAAACGAUAAGGAAUGGUGUAUUAAAAAAAAGAGACCCCUUUUGUCUUAGAGGUGUGCGUCUCUACUGUUAUACUCAAUUCAUUAAAUUAAACGUGUUCUUGAGAUUCAUAUAAAAAAUAUUUAUGUCCACCCAGCCUACCCUACCUUUGGGAGAUCUGGGGUCCACUGUGGCUGCUGUCACCUUCUUGCGCUGUUUUCUCGCGUAACAUUUAAUAUUGUCGGGGCUGUAGUGAUAUCAUAUUCUGGCUCCUGGCAUCACAGCAGGGUGUCUUGUGGAAGCAGCAUUAGAAGAGCAGGAAGAAUACAGCUUCCUCGCCGCCUGCCUCCGUUGCUCAGUUUUCCACUUCAUGGGACCCUAAGGUGGCCAGGGCUGACAAAUACCCAUGUGCCAGGGCAAAAUCCCUAGUUGACCUGGAACCUGGAAUUUGUCAAGCCCUCUCAUAAACUGUUACUUCUUGAAAUUCAAAAUAAAAAUGUAAAUACUCAUGGAUCCUUUCUUUUGUUUGUUAAUGAGCCACAAAUCUGAGGUACUGGAUGCCCUUCGCAGUCCUAGUUUAUAGUUGUUGCACUAUUAUACCACGUUUGGGUGAGGUGCUAUCAAGCAUAGUUUUUUAUUUUUUACAGGAACCAACACACACUAUUUCAACAACACAAACAUACAGCCAUUACACACACACACUCACUCUCUAUGGGAGAGAUUGGGGAGGGGCAAAGGGUAAGAUAUGUGGAGUUACACACUGAAUUCUGAAUUUUUUGCUAAUUAAAUCUUAAUAAAAAAAUUUAAGCCAAAGAUUGUGGAAAUAGAUGAAUAGGCAAUUUAUUUCAAAAUCCGCUUCGCCCUCAAAAAACUUUAAAAAAAAUGUUUUUAACAAGAAAUUGAUAUAUACAGGGUCCUAGUGCUCACUGCAGCAGCCUUUUCUUUUUGUUAUUUUACAAUGUUUUAUUUCUUUAUUUGCAUUUAUAAUGGUGUUAUUUACAUAAUGCAUUCAUGAUGUGUUUCACUUUGCCUUCUUGUUAUGUACUCGAGGCACCAAAACUACUACUUCCUAAUGUAUUGGUUUUGAUGCUAAAAUGCAGAUUACACCAAAACUAGAAAAUGGUAAUGUCUGAAAACACACCUUUACUUUGGAUUUUAAUUCAUGUUACACCACACGUUACAUUUUGUUGUUUAUUUAUUUUUGGCGGCUCGUGACUUCUUGGCAUUCAUUUUACUUCAGGUAUACGGGGUCAUGUGGGGCUCAGCCGGCCAAAAGUAGCCAGAAGCUCUCUUUGGGACAUUUUCCAGAAGCUGUCUAAUCAUGCUUGGACUUGCAUCGUAGUGUGCUGAUGUUGCUGCACCAGAAUUUUAUUAGUGGGAAUUGUUUUCUUAAUUGGAGAAACAGUGUAGAUGGGACAAUAAAUGUGAGUUUAACUGGACAUUUUUGCACCUCUUAUCCUAACUGUCAUUGUAGCUAUAGUCACCAGAACAACUACAGCUUGUUGUAUUUGUUCUGGGGAGUAUAAUCAUUCCCUUCAGUUUUUUUUCAGUAAACACUGUUCACUUUUCCGAGGAAAAAACAGUGUUUACAUUACAGCCUAAUGAUAACUUCACUGGCCACUCCUCAGAUGGCUGCUAGAGGUGCUUCCUGGGGUAGUGCUGCCUAGAGUACAGCAUUGACAUUCAGGGUCUCCUCCCUCUGCUUUGAGACACUGAACUUUCCUCAUAAAGACGCAUUGAUUCAAUACAUCUCUAUGAGGAUAUGCUGAUUGGCCAAGGCUCUGUUUGGCUUCUGCUGGCUCUGCCCCAAUCUGCCUUCUUGACAAGCUCAGCCAAUCCAAUGCUUUCCUAUGGGAAAGCAUUGUGAUUGGCUGAGAUUAUUAUUUUAUUAUUUAUAUAGCGCCAGCUAAUUCCGUAACACUGUACACUUCUGAUUGUCAGCCAAGGAGGCAGAGCCAGCAGCAGCAAACUGGAAUAAAGGUAUGAUUUUAAUAUAUUUAGGGGGAUGCUGGGGGGCUACAUGGUGUUUUUAACACUUUAGGGUCAUGAAUACAUGUUUGUAUUCCUGACCCCUAUAGUGUUUCUUUAAGUUGAAUAAGAAACAUAAAUGGGAUAGGGGCAGUACUACUAAGGGAGGUUAAAAAAUGUAGCUCUGUAUUCUUGCAUGAAUUUUGCUGCAUCAUAAGGUUAUUUUAUUAUUAUUAUUAUUUUAUUUUUUAAUUCUCUGUGUGGGCUGCAUCUUUUUGUCUUCUCCUCAUGAUCGCUAAUAUAAUCUUGAAUCUAUUAGAAUUGUUUUGUUUUUUUUCCUAGGGGUUAGGAAAGAGUUCUUUUCUGUACAUUUCCAUAUAAAAUACAGCGAAACACAGUUUGACAACUAUACCAUACUUAGUUUGUGAUGUCCUGAUUUGACGGACACACGGUUUCCCAGUGGGAGUGUAAACAUUCUUUGAAAACAGUUGUGACACCACACUGAGCUGCUUAUUUGAUAUUUUUUGUUUUAUUUUUGUUUGUGUACAGUACACACACAAAUCUAUUUAUUUGAUUUGAAUAACUAUGUAACUGGCAUAGUUGCCUUGCGUGCAAAAAAAAAAUCCGUAAAUCAUUUUUAUUUGAAAUGAAAUAUUUUAUUUAUUUUUUUAUAUUUUUUUUUGACGGGACUAGUGAACAAUUUAAUGAGUCUCUUGAAAAUCAUAGAGGGGAGUCCCAAAACUAUUUUAAUAGAGGUUCUAGGGAGGGGAGGCAGCCUUUUGAAAAUCGGCAGCAAGUUUCCCUAAUUGAAGCCCAUCAGUUCCCAGGAAUGCCUGGGGUGAAGUAUGUUUCUUCUUUGUUCCUAAUCGGUAAUUGUGCUCCCCUGAAGCAGGCUCCUUGGGUGUAGAUUUGGAAGUAAUAGAAGACACACAAGAAAUGAGUUAGCAUGUAGUAAUCUCAGCAGGGCUCUGGCACAGAGGCACAAAGCAAAAGAGCUAAUGCAGUUGCUCUUGAAAGUACUUUUUCAUUCUUUUGUAAAAACGUCUCAAAGCUCCUUACAAAUAUUCUUCCAUUAAGUCAUUAAAAUGUUAGCUUUUUCUAGUGCCUCCAUUUAACCUUGCAGGAAGUAAAAUUCCUUAGUGCUAAAGUCUAACCUGUGCGGCUAUGCCCAAUCCAGGACUGGAGUGUUUUUUUUUGUUUUUUUGUUUUUUUUUUAUGUAUAUCAAAAUUUGAAGGGUGUUCAAAACCAAAAUUAAUGGCUGCACCCUCAGAGUGCGUAGUUAAAGUUUGCAGUCUGUCCCAAUCGAACGAUGAGUUUUCAAACAUUAAGAGGAUAAAGCAAGCAGUGGGCACAUCCAUAUAGGUAUUAUUUAAAACUAUAACUUUACUAUAAUUCAAUUUAUUACAUGGAUGAUGCGUUAAAAAAAAUUGGAAAACGUUGCUUAUCUCUUAGUUUAAGUUGUUUGCUUCAACUCGGAGGAAUCUCUGUGACCAGAAACUGACCGAAUAGUCAAUGAUGCCUCUUUCAGUGUUCUCAGCAAGAACACCACACAUAUCCAAUAGCACUCCGCUGUAUUCUAAGGAAUAUGCAGUGCAGCACGGAGUUGUGGAUUAUUCAUGAAAAGACAAAGCAUGGCUUGAUUUAGCUCAUGAAUCGGUUCCCCUAACAUUCUUAUCACAUCAGUGUUAAUGGAAUUGUAUGCUUUUUAAUAACCGCUCUAAUUGUGUGUGUAUACACAAUGUUGAUCAACCCUUUUAAAGAAGUAGCAUCUCUAUUCAUAUUUAUAUACAAUGGAUCCUACGUUAUGUACUGAAACGUGGGGUGCUACAAUUUGAUGAUUGCUUUACACAAGGAAAUAGAAUAAUAAUUAACCCUUUCAUGACCUGAGGUACCAGUACCUUCACAUGGGCAAUGAAAAAGGGGAAUAGUUAAAAAAAAAAAAAAUCUGUAUUUACUAAGCUCUUUUAUUAAAUGGGCCUGCUCGUGCCUUUUUUUUUGUUUGUUUGUUUGUUUCUGAUUAUGAUUCUUUUUAAUUUGAAAUACCUUCACACGAUUUGCAUAACCCUUUAGGUCUGAACUUUUUGUUGUUGGAACCAUUGUGACACCUUCUAGUGACAAUCCUAGUCUGUUGUCAAUAUGUGCACUAAAAUACGUGUGAGAAUUAGCAUUUUAUUGAUUUGUCACUUGUAAAAUAGUGUGUAACGCUAGACCCAUUGUACCAGAUAUAUUUAAGUGCUUCCUGUUUUCACAAUGGACAGACUUGUUUUACCCCUUUUUUCCCCACAAUUAGCUUUUCACCAGCCAUCUGUUUCCUCACUUAAUUCUCUGCAUGACUUAAAUGGCUAGGAAAUAAAUAUAACCACCACAUUAUGUCUGGAAAAUGAGCAGAUUGCAAUACAAUAUAUUUUUUUCAAAUGCAUUGGGACAUCUUGUAUUCAAACACUGGCAUGGUUAUUUAAUAAAGUGAAUUUAAAUUUCAGGCAUAAAUAUCUAAAUUGUAAAAAAAAUCUUUAGCCUUAAAAUGAACUUUGAGUUAUCAACAGUUCUCACUUGAAUAAAAAUUUGUGUGUUAGAUUAAAAAAAAUACAAUAAACAAAUUGAGUAUUCCAUAAAGAUACGUUUUUCUGAAAUACUCACGUUAACUGUCGGAAUGUCACUGAAAUUCCAAAAGUAGUCAAAAGAUAUUAUAAGACAAAGUAGGGACUCGUGGAAUCCUAUAUAAACAUCAGCGUUGUACGUCCGUGCAUGUGCAAAGAAAUGGUGGUACCUGCUAAGUAUAUCUCAUCAGUACGGCACCGCAGGGUACUGCUUACCAAGCAGCAAUGCCACCAUAGGGAUAUGAAGAUGAUGGACAUGCUGUAAUUUAAAUAAUAUAUGUGGUAAAAUCCAUCUUUAUUUUAUUUUUUUAGACUGAUACAUUGAUCUGUAUGCCAGCAAUAUAGUUUUAAUAAACCAGUAAAAGUAGGUGAUAUGAAUAGACUUCCCUCAAAUCAAAAUGACAAACUAUAACACUGGAAAACAAACUAACUGUAAAAAUAUAAAAGUAUUAAAAGUUUUUAGUUUUUUUUUUCCCAUUUGUUAUUCAAUACCAGCUUGUGCACAGAUUGGGAAUGAUUUAAUUUUGAUUAAAUCAUAUGAAACUACUCUAGUUUGGAGUUUGAGAAGGUGAAUUGGCAGUGCAUCAAAGUGUCAGAGACUUAGAGCCAAAAUCUUCCUUAUCAGUUACAUCGAAUGGAGGGUGAACCUGGAAACACUUAAGCAAUGUAUUAUUAACCCAUUUGAUAUCAUGGAUUGUGCCAGCAGUCUGAUUCGACAGGACAGCCCUAAAUGUGGACUCCUCUCUAUUAUUUGUUCUCUGUUGCCCUGCUACUGUGGAUUCUAGAGACACACACUUAUUGUUAAAGAUGUUCUUGCAGCUUAACUUAAAUGCAAAGUAUUCAGUCCAUACAAGACGGCUUGAACAGCACUCUGGGCAUGGGCAGCACUGAAUGGUUGACACACUUUUUUUUUUGGCCCUAACUUGUGUCCCCCCAGUUCACAUUUAUACCUCACAAUGUUGGGAGGUAUGUCUGAAAUGUAGAGUAACAUAUAUCUCACGCACACCAAUUUGGUAACCUUGACCUAAUUGUAAAUUUACUAAAGGUAUUUGGUUGGUUCCUGACUUUUAAUUUCUGUGCUUAGAGUAAUGAUUACGGUUUUUGUUUUUGUUUUUUCCUUUAAUGUGCAGAGGCCCCGUCUUCGCUCUCAGUAUAUGACAGCUGAACUGCGGAGGAUUUUUUCUGAAGACACAGAAUCUGAGAGUGAUGUGUUUGAGGGAUUUACUCAGAGUGAAGUAGAUAUGCAGAGUACGGUAGGUUUACUGUCUGCUCAUUCCUUGUUGUACUGUAUGUUUAUUUUUAGGGUUAAAGGGUUAUUCCAACGUUCAUGACAACUUCUGCAUUUAGAAAUGGUCAUGGUGGUAGGAGUCUGUAUGGGCUGCGUUUCUGCUUGAAAUGCUAUACAUGCAGAGUAAUACACACUAUUUUUGCAUGGGCUAGUUGCACCCCUGCUACCCAAGACUUGGGCAUCCCUGAACUAUGCCUAAUGUCGAUCCUGUGCAAAAAGUUGUCAGCAUGUGGCCGUCCAACUUAAUGAGCUUUUGAUGGGGUUUCUGCCUGCAAGAGGAAGUCUUGGUCGCUGCCUCCCUGCAUUGAUAGCAUGCACUCUGAGCUGGUCAAAUGCUUUAAUUACUAAACCAGGAAUUGAACAGGGAAUUACAUGGUUUAGACCAAAAUAGGCAAAAUUCUCCAACUAUGUAGAUUUCCUGUCCCAUUUAAUAACUGUAUGAAAUUUUUUAAUUAUCUUAUUUAUUCUAGAAAAUCACCCUUAUCCAUGUGUUUUAAUAACAUUUUUAUUUGACUGUAAGCAUCUCCAAUUUUUAUUUAAUUUAUUUUCCUCAUAUCAUCCUAUUCUCAAGUGUGGUCGUUUUUUUUUUUUUUUUUUUUUCUAAAAACAUAAGAAAUGCUCACAUGAAGUUGUACAGUACACUUUUCUGUGUUUGUUUUUUCUGUCUCAGUUUCCAUAUCUUCACAAUAUCUUGGCACUAGUUGAGGUCAGGCAUUUGGCAUCUAAAUUGUCUUGUAGUGAAAGCGGUUAUGGUACUUGGAGUCCCUUGAGGCCCACUUACAAUUCAGUGUCAAACCUUUCUCCUGUGGUUUGAUAUUGAAUGAGGUUACUCGGGGGCCUGAAGCUUGUCUCUUUUCUGUUGCCUGAGCUAAUGCAGACACAUUAGCUCAACCAGUGACAGGUGUCCUUGAUAGGCUAAGAAAGUAAGCUGCGCACUCUCAGCUUAUCACUGCUGCCCAUUACUGGUAGAGUAUAAUGCCACUGAAUAUACCCACCAAUGGAAGGUACUAUAACCAGAGUAUUCCAGGUACCAUAACCACUCUUAUUAGACAAAGUAGUUAUGGUUUCCAGGGUGUCUCUUUAAUUGUUUCCUAUUGUACAUGGUAGCAGCUGUAGUGAUUAGCAGCCUGUAUUUGCUUAACAAUUUUAUGUGCCUAUGGUCUGCUACAGCAGGACCACCUUCAGCAGAGAAAGUACUUGGCAUUUUGCAAGUUACAUCAUGGAUUUAUUCUGAAAUUGGGCAUGAGGAAUCAGGAUUUCCUUUUCAUGGUGAAUUAUUCAAUAGCAGUGGUUUGCUUUAUUCAUAUAUUUGCAAACAUAGCAGAGUGGACAUACAAGGUUUAUACACUGCCUGGACAAAAAAAAAGUCGCUACCUGGAUUUAACUAAGCAAUUAGGGAAGAGCCUCCUAUUGGAUAGUUACUGCACAGGCGAUUUUAUCUUUCAGCUGGCAACAAGUUAUUUAACCCCAAUUGAUGCAAUGAGUAUCUUCUCAUUUCUCAAACAACCAUGUCGAAAGACGCAUCCCGUGGUCGUGGAAAAGAUGUUGGUCUGUUUGAGAAGGGUCAUAUCAUUGGCAUGCAUCAGGAAAACGCCUAAGGAGAUUGCAGAAACUACUAAAAUUGGGUUAAGAACUGUCCAACGCAUUAUUAAAAACUGUUAGUAUAGUGGGGCAGAAGAGAGGCAGAUGAAGUGAUGCACCCAUCAUGCCUAAUGCCUAUUGUACAAGCCUUUGGGGGCAGUGCUACGAUCUGGUAUUGCUGCAGUUGGUCAAGUCUAGGUUCAGCAACAUUAUGUGUCCAAAGAAUGAGGUCUGCUGACUACCUGGAUAUACUGAUUCACCAGGUUAUUCCAUCAAUGGAUUUUUUCUUCCCUGAUGGCAUGGGCAUAUUCCAAAACGACAAUGCCAGGAUUAAUCAGGCUCAAAUUGUGAAAGAGUGGUGCACAUGAGACAUAAUUUUCACACGUGGAUUGGCCACCACAGAGUCCAGACAUUAACCCCAUUGAGAACUUUUGGGAUGUGCUGGAGAAGGCUUUGCGCAGUGGUCCCACUCUCUGAUCAUUAAUACAAGAUCUUGGCGAAAAAUUUAUGCAAUACUGGAUGGAAAGAAAUCUUGUGACAUUGCAGAAGCUUAUCGAAACAGUGCCACAGCGAAUGCAUGCCGUAAUCACAGCUAAAGGCGGUCUAACUAAAUAUUAGAGCAUGUGACUUUUUUUUUUUUUUUUGGCCAUGCAGUGUAUAUCAGGUUGGACUUACCCACAUGUGCACGGAUUUCAUUCUCUGCUACGUCACAUCAUUGAGCUACAAGACAGGGCAGUGUUUGGUCAAAAAAGAGUAUUGUUCACUGGAAUGGAAAGUGUUGAAUAAUUUUGUUUGUUUAUUUAAGCUGAUGUCAGAUGGAAGUGAUGAAGAUUGUGGCGGGUCGGGAAGUGAAGAAGCUGCUAGUCUUCCUAAACGACGAAGCUUCGGCCUUCGCGUUGCACUACAGUUUCCCAAUAAAAAGUGUGUUAACAAGAGUAAGAAGGCUCCCGAAGUUCCCCUUUCAAAAUUGGGCAAGGAAGAAGGGAAAAAACCUAACCCCCGAGUGAAGAAUUCUCAGCAAGGGAGCAAAAGGAAAGCCUCCCCGGCAUCUGACUCUGAGGAUAACUGUGUCAAAUCCAACCAGGGAGAUUCCAGUGCCUUGCUUAAAAGAGCAAUGAACAUUAAGGAAAACAAAGCAGUGGUAUGUAUGCUGCAAUAAUGAAUGGUAAACCAGUAGCUAGUAGAAUAUUACAACUUAAUUUGAAGUUGAUAGUCGAAUUUCAUUUUAAUUUCUAAUAGUGCAUAAUGGUUAAUGUAAAUGAACAAAAUAUGGUAUCUGUUUUAGUCUAGUUUUAAAACCCUUUGUUUAACUAAAAUUGUCACGAUUUGGAUAGAGUGUGUGUGUGUGUGUGUGUGUGUGUGUAUAUGUAUAUAUAUAUAUAUAUAUAUAUAUAUAUAUAUAUAUAUAUAUGUGUAUAUAUGACUGGGAGGUGAUUCCUGUAAUUGCGCGCAUGCGUAGGUGCGCUGAACAGACGCCGAGCAUCGGGAGAAACAAGGAGCAGCUGGUUUGGUGAGUGAUUAUGAUUUUAGUCCUAUUUAAGCUUGUCAUUAUGUAAAAUUAUUUUGAUGUGUCCUGAUGAAAGCUCCAAAUGGGAGCUGAAACGUUGACCCUCUGGAUUGACUGAAAAUAAACAAAUGAUCUUUGGAAGAUCUAGAGUGCCGGUAUUAUUUCUAUUUUUGUGUGUGUAUGUAUGUAUGUAUGUAUGUAUGUAUGUAUGUAUAUAUAUAUAUAUAUAUAUAUAUAUAUAUAUAUAUAUAUAUAUACACACACACACAGAAAUAAUACUGGCACUCUAGAUCUUCCAAAGAUCAUUUGGAAUAUAUAUAUAUAUAUAUAUUUAUGUGUAAUCUUUAUUACUUUAAUGUAAUUUCAGCUUGCCCAGCUGCUUGCUGAACUGAAUUCUAUGCCUGAACUUUUUCCUGGAAAGAAAACUGCUGCCGCUACUCCUCCCUCCGUAAGUAAUCCCAGGAUAAGCAAUUCCUGUUUGAAAGUUGUAUAAUGUAUAGAGAGAAUGUUGUGGGGUUAAGUUCUGACUGUGGAUGCUCAUUUUGGAACUUAGCUUUAGAACAAAUAUGGUGUAAUCUCUCAAAUUUUUUUUUUAUUUUUAUUUGUUUUAAAUCUUUUUUUUAAUUUUUUUUAUUUAGAAAACAAAAAAAGCUCCUCGAAGAAGUUUCUCUGAAGGUCCAGUUGAACGACGUACAAACCCAACCAGAAAUGCACGUCCCCCAGAGAACUUUGCACUGGAAAAUUUCACUUUAUCAGCUGUUAAAUUUGCUGAACACCUACAGAGCUACAGAAAGGGAGCUUUGCUAAAGCAAACAAUGAGUGAGGUAUCCAUAAAUUCCAAUGUUUCCUUUUUAGUGAAAUGGGCAAUUUGUGCACUGCCUUUUAACACAAAGCAAUGUUAACAUGUGACUGGUUGCACAUGAAUACAAUAUUAGAGCUAUUAGAGACUAUAAUUCAUGGUCAGAAAUAAGGAUUAAUGAUUAGGACUUUAGUUGCAAUAUUGUAGACUCAUCCUUUGAGUGUAUUCCAGUGUUUGGUUUCUUUAGGUCAAUAUAAAUCUAUAAAAUGUUGUAGGGUUCUCAUGUCCUGACUGCUUCGUAUGUAGUAUUUGCUCAUUUAAACUCUGUUAGCUCUCAGCUACAAAUCAGACAUUUGCCCUCUCUCUACAGUCUUUUAUCAAGAGUUGCUUAACGCUUCACAUUAUGUCAGCUUUCUCCAUUACAUUACGUGAGAUAGCUUUGGGCAGGAUAGCCCAGCUUUCUCUGCCAAUCCGUGUAGUCCAGGUUGGAUGAAAUUGACGUUGUUAAUAAAGACUUGCUAAUACCCCAUUACCGGGGUGGUCCAAGAAGAGCCCCAGUUUAAACCAUUCCUAAAUGGUUUAAUAUUAUACCACGGCAUGCUAGACAACUUAACCAAAUGGAGCAAGUGGUUUAGUUUUGUGACAAUUUGAGCCUUUGGAGAAAAAUGUAACAUAUCGUAUGUGUCUAUUUCACAGGAGGAGCGUGAAGAAUAUCAGAGGAGAAGGAGGUCAUCAAAGUACACUAGUUUUCGCUCUGUUGAAGAUAUUACGGAAGAGGAGUUAGAAAAUGUUGCUGUUACUGUUAAAGACAAGAUUUAUGACAAAAUUGUGGUAAUUGUUUAUUUAUAUCACUUUAACAACAUAUUUCACUUUUUUUCCUUCAGUACGGUUUUAUAAUUAUGCCAGAAAUUGCAAACUAUGUUACAGCCUGCAUGCUUAUAUUCUCCAGUUAAAAAAACAAAACAAAAGUAUUUUCAAAAUCCAAUAUUUAAAUACUUUAUUUUGGUUUUAAUAUUACAAGAUUUAGAUCAAAACCUGCAGUUUCUUGCAUGCCCUCCUAUCAAAAGAACUACAAUGUAUUUUUCUUCCCCCCCCCCGUUAUACUUCAGAAUAGGGAACGGUUCUUUACCCUUUAACAUGUUUGUUGUAAAAUAAUUUUGCAUUAACUUGUAUACUUUUGGGCAAGAAUUAAAAUCUUAUGUGUUUACUAAAAUGGUUUAAAUUAUGUUGAGAAAGAAAUUGUAGCAUUAACUGAUGUGUACCAUUGAACACUAGUCAGUUCUCUAGCACACAUGAGACAAAGGUGUCUACCAGGGGAGAAUAAAGCACUUUACAUUACUGUAAAAUGUAUACAGUUUAGAGCAUCCUGAGGCCUCUCUCAAUACUACGGCAUCAAUGAUUUGUAAAAAUUGCUGCUUCUAUAAGAUAGCUGACCAAGAUUGUCAAUCAAGCAUUCUUAACACAUAUUUCUGGGCUCCCUGCUUGUUUUUCUUUUGUAAACUACAUGCUUGAUCUGGAAAACCUCUCUCUCCUCCUGAGGGAGUUAUGGCUAAGAUAAGAUAAAAUGUUAAUUAGAUAUUUAAUCCAAUGGGAUUCAGAUUGUUCUAUUACCUGAUCUGAUCAAGACUGGAUAAAACAGAUCACAGUGCAUUCUCCUAUUGCUUCUAAAUUUCAGGAAUUGGCAUAUAAGGUUUUUACUAGAUGUUAUCAAACCCCAGUGAGACUCCCUGCAAUAUUCUGUUUGAGUGAUGGAAGUGUCCUUCUGGAAGCCUUUUCUCCACUUUGGCUGGACUGCCCUCAUUUAAAAAAAACAUUUUGUAAAGCUGAUUUCCUGCUAUUAAAGAGGUCUGUAGAGAGGACCUUUCUAAUUCAUCUUCCGCCAUCUUGAAGCACUGUACUAAAAUUCAGAUUUCCAAGUAUAAUAAAUAAUCUUGUGCCACUUGCCUUAUUUAGCAUGUUUUGCCAUACAAAAAAAAAACAAAAAAGGGCCUUUUGUAUUCAUUCAUUAGGCAUACGUGAACAGUCCCAUUCCUAUCUACUUUAUAUAAAUUAGGUAUGUUUUUAUUGGAGGAAAAUUAAAGUACCCAGUGCCUAAUCACUCUGAAACUGAGUAUAUGUACUGACCUACAUGGUUAAAUGCUGCAUUAUACAUUUUCUAAUUCAUGUGAAUUUAUUGAAAGGUAUUUAUGGGUGUGUUUUUUUUUUUUGGUUUUGUUUUUUUUGUUUCCAGGGCAGCACAUGUCAUCAGUGCCGGCAAAAAACAGUUGACACUAAAACAGUCUGUCGCAAUCUAGGCUGUGGCGGAGUCAGGGGCCAGUUUUGUGGUCCGUGUCUACGGAACCGGUAUGGUGAAGAUGUGAGAACUGCGCUUCUAGACCCUGUAAGUACAUCAAAAGUACAUACAAAAUAUUGUCGGUCCAUUAGAACAAACAAUACAAAUAAAACUACUAGGGAUGCACCAAAGUAAAAAUUCUGGGCCGAAAUCCAAAAAUGAUUUUUUUUUUUCUCCCCUAAAUGAUGUGUAGGUUAUGUAGUGUGUGUGUGUGUAUGGAAUAUAGUGAGGUGUGGGAAAGGGAUGUAGUGUGUAUUUUUGUGUAGGUUAUAUAGUGUGUGUAGGGAACAUGGUGGGGUGCAGUAUAGAGAUGUAGUGUGUAGGGAACACGGUGUGGGAUAGGGAUGUAGAGUGUGUAAGGGGUGGGCUAGGGAUGUAGUGCACAUAGUGUGGGGUGAUAGGGAUGUAGUAUGGGUAGGGCACAUAGUGUGGGGUGGCAGAUGACAGAGCGUGGAAGGGAGGGGGUGAGAGAGGGAGGGCGCGACUGGCGGCGGGUGGGCGCAACUGGUGGCAGUGAGGAAGGGUGUUAGUGUACCUUCUUUUUUUUUUUUGUUUUGUUUCCCUGGUGGUCCAGUGUCCUGGCUACAGACUGUGCUGUAUCUCCAGGGUCAAUGCUCCCUGGUGGUCUGUGUCCGCCCUGUGUGACCUGCAGACUGUGCUGUAUCUUGCAAGCUCUAGAAGGCAGAGCGUUGCUGUGGUAACCCGCGGCAGCGCUCUGAUUUGCUAGGGAUCACUAUAUACAGCAGAGUCUGCAGCUCACACUGGGCGAAGCUGCAAACUGUACUGGCUCUCUCCCCGAGUAGAUGGGAGGGGCCUCGCACCCGGCAGCACACAUUUACAACAGAUGUUACCCUUUUUCGGGCGAAAUUUCGGUGCAUCCCUAAAACUCCACCCUUGUCUUCUGUGUAAACCUUUGAAGCACUAUUACAUUUAAGGUUGCGUACACUUGCAUGCAUGAGCAGCACCUCCAUGCGAGAAAACACUGCAGUGGUGCUUUUUGGGAAACCUUAACCAGACCAGGAGUAGAUCAGUGUCUCAGGAAUUCCUAUUGGAAAAAUACUUGGAAAUUGUUAGAUUAUGGUGCACGGAUAUUUCAUUUUUUUCACGCAAACCGGUGUCUUUCAUUCUACAAUAAAAUACUUUAUGAAUGACUUAUGAGCUGCAUGGUUGCAGUUAAGGUUCCUGAAGUGUCCCUUUUUGUGAGCAUGCCUAUAUUUUGUCAAUUAAUAUUACAUUUUUUUUUCUCCUCUCCCUAGGAUUGGAUAUGUCCUCCAUGUCGAGAUAUUUGUAACUGCAGCUACUGCCGCAAGCGUGACGGUCGCUGUGCCACGGGAAUGCUUAUUCAUUUGGCAAAGUUUUACGGUUAUGAUAAUGUGAAAGAGUAUCUUGAAAGGUGAAUUUUUCAAGCACAAAGACUAAUAAUUCACUAUCCAUCAUUUAUUCUUAGCAAUGUAAAAUUGUUGCUAGUUUUGUAGACUUUCCAUAUUGUAAAGCACCUUGCGUAAAGAUAAUGGUAUAAUUAUCUACUACACAUUUUCUUAUGUGUGUAAUGGUAAUUCUAUAGCAAUGUUAUUAGACUACUGGAGACAGCAAAGAUGAAGACAUUGCCACUUUUAUUCUAUAUUUUCAUGACACUUCAAAUAAAAAUAAACAUUCCCUAUUUUUUUUUUUUUUCUUUCAGCUUACAAAAAGGACUAGUGGAAGAUGAUUGAUUUUGGACAAGAAUUAAAGAAAAAUGAAAGUACUUAAAGGACCACUAUAGGCACCCAGACCACUUCAGCUUAAUGAAGUGGUCUGGGUGCCAGGUCCAGCCAGGAUUAACACUUUUUUCAAUAAACAAAUCAGUUUCAGAGAAACUGCUAUGUUUAUAUUAGGGUUAAUCCAGCCUCUAGUGGCUCUCAUUGACAGCCACUAGAGGCGCUUGCGUGCUUCUCACUGUGAAAAUCACAGUGAGAAGUCGCCAGCGUCCAUAGGAAAGCAUUGUGAAUGCUUUCCUAUGAGACUGGCUGAAUGCGCAUUCAGCUGAGGAGGAGGCCGAGAGCUCUCCGCCCGGCGCUGGAGAAAGAGGUAAGUUUUAACCCCUUCCACCCCCUAGAGCCUGGCGGGAGGGGGACCCUGAGGGUGGGGGUACCCUCAGGGCACUAUAGUGCCAGGAAAAAGUGUUUUUUCCUGGCACUAUAGUGGUCCUUUAAGACAUCCAAUGCUUUUAAACAUUUUGCUUAUUCUUCUAGACCACCAAGCCAGAUGGAUCUGCAGUUUUAUUUGGAUCACAUUAAUUCAGAUAUAAAUUUAGGGAAAUAAUUUCUAAUCUAAUGUAGGAAAACAUGCACCUUAUAUGUGAGUGUAACUGUGCCCAUAAAGUAGGCAUAGUACACAUCAGCAUUUCUCUUUCAAUAUCCACUUAGGUUUAUUCUAUCCGGUUACAUAGCUGAAACCAUGAAAAUGCCUUUGACGUGGUGUUUAAUUUCAAUGGACCAAUGCUACUUCUGUCUAGAUGGUUUACAGAGCUGCACUGGAUUCUUUGCAAACUUGGCUUGCCACGAGUUUACUAACUUUGCUGUUUUGGAAAAAUGACAAAAAGAUUGUAAAUGUUGGGUUGAAAUGGAUGAGUUGAGCCAAAAAAAGUUGAUUUUUUAAAAAGUAAAAUUGAUCCAAUUAUUUAUGCUUGAAAUCUGCAAUUUGCUUGACCGUUCUCUUCAGCUUCUCUUUUACGCCAUUUGUUUUAUCCACACUGAACAAAUCUCGGACAAAAAAAAAAAGUUUGAUAGAUUUUCAUAGGCUGCUCCAUACUUAAAAAUAAAAAAUAAAAAAAUAUUUUAAUAAAAUUGUUUUUAUGAGCAGAUAUUGAAGUUAAAUAGGUUUUGGUUUCAAAGACUUUACUAAAGUACUUAUCCAAAUAGGUUGUUAAAUUUUGUGGACUAACAGACAGUACGUAGUAAGGUGUGGUUUAAUUGUACCCAGAAGCUUCAUAAUGCAUGCUAAAUACGGUCUUAUUCAAACAUCUCUCACCUUUGUUUUGUCUAAGCCUAUUUACAUUCGUUUAUACCUAUGGUUUUUAAGAAAUUUAAGGCAGUGCUCUUAACAUAAAUCUGUUUAAAGCUCCCCCAUGUCGGUUCUUUGUAUGAUUUGGAUGGGGCUUGAGAGAGAGAGUGUUAAAUUUAACUACCUCUCCUUGGCACCACCACCAUUCUUCAGCUCCUGGUGACUUUUUGUCUGCCUGGAACUGUCAUCGCUGUUGUACACGCAUGCAUGAGUGUACAGAAAUGGGUCUAUUGAGGAUACCCAUAUACCAAGCAAGUGCAGUUAGGUCCCGUAGACCUCUGAGAUGUUGCCUGUUCCAUUAUCCAAUGAUGAAAAAUGGCAGAGGACAUUCCUCUCUUACAUGAGACAAACUAUGCAAGGAUUUUGUUCCAUGUAUAUCUUUUGAUCGUGUUGGAAUGAAAAGGAAAAACCAAACACAAGGUUUAUUCAAUAAAGUUAGAAUUCAUGGUGAAUUCAAAGUGAAUUUAAAAUUUAAUGUCUAAAAAUCAAAACAUAAAUAAAAAUUAACUAUGCUUUCCAUUCAGCUACUGUGUCCUUAAAUUUAGAAUUCACUUGAAUUCUCGCUUUAGUAAAUAACACUGACAGUACAAAAAAAUCAUAGAUUGUCUUUAUGAAAAUGUAAAAAAGAAAUGAGUCUAAUCAAAUGAAAAAUAUAUAAUUAUUUUUGUUUUGUACUGUUAAACAUAGUUGCAUGUAAAGAACACAGGAAAGAAAAUAUAACCUUGACUCAGGCCACACCAAAAAAAAGUUUUUAGUCUGUAUAAAAAAAACAAUUUAGGUAGGUUAAGUGUGUGAUAGCACCUCUUAAAACCACCAAAUAAUGAUUCUUGUUUUUUCUUGUUGUGUUGACUUCUGCAGUCAAUGUACAUGGCUGUAUAAAUGACCUCUUUUGAGAUCAAGAUUUGCAUAGCUGCUGCCCCUUCUGUCAAUGUACUAAUGCCAUUCACUACCUGUUCUAUAAAGAGCUCUGUAGUAUUCUUGAUGUUCUCCUUAGCAGAAUUUAAUAACUAGAGACAUACGUUAUGAAAUACUGUGCUUUAAUGUAACUUUGUUUGUUUUCUUAGUUAGAUACUCCUUAACCAGUUUUAGACUGCAGGCCUUAAUUUUAUACUUGUAUGACUGUAUAAGAAUGUUUUAUUUUACAUAAUACAAAUCUACUUCUAUAUUUGCAGUUGUAUUCAUUUGUAUUCAGUUUUACACAUGAAGUGCUAAUAUUUGCAUUCUCUUUAGCUUUGUAACACAGUUCCGUCACAAUUUGCGUUUCCUUUUUAAAAUUACAGUAUAAACACCGUGUGUGGUUUACAUUUCCAUUUUGAUAGAAUUUUCUUCUGAGAAUCUGUUUGUCAUAGAUAAAAAGCCAAAUGCAUCAAAACAACUUUCAGUUUUAGUGUAUAGGUCAUGCCCAUGUAGUCUCAAUUCUGCCAUUUAUUAGUUAAAUCACUUUUGUUUCUGUUUAUGCAGCCCUCCCCUGGCUGUGACUCCCACAGCCUGCAUGAAAAAAAAUAAAGGUUUAACUUUUUCAAUAAGAUGUUAACUUACUAAACGUUUUUAUCUCCUGCUCUGUAAAUUGAACGUUAGUCACAUACAGGAGCCUCCUUCCGGGUCUAUAUAGCUACUAACAGAGCAGGGGAGAAAAAAUAGCUAGAUUAAACAGAAUGUGCAAUAAAGGAAGUUGAAACAUUAGAUCUCUUCUUAUAGGAAGUGUUUAGGAAAGCUGUGCAGGGAGGUGUGAUUAGGAUUGUAUAAUUAAAGCAAUUUAACUCCUUAAUGGCAGAGAAUUUAGCAGGAAGACUGCAGGGACAUGAUCUAUACACCAAAACAUUGGACGGGGCAUGGGAGAAGCUCCCUGGGCAAGUUUUAUAUUUAUGUACAGGGUUGUUUUUUUUUGUUUUUUUUACUUAUAAAAAAAUUAAAAUGGAGUGGGUGGGGGGGGGAGUAGAUAUGCUACUCUUGUCCAAUGAGG